AUGUCAAAUAAUUCAUCCUCGCCAACCUCCCCAAUUAAUAAUAACUCUUUCGCGACGCCCUUGUCGCAAUUCGAGCUCGAACGCGAAGCGAGAAUCGCGAAAAAUGUACAACGGAUGAAAGAGAUGGGAUUGGAAAAUCUCAUCGGGAAACAUUCCAGCAUGUUUCCACCGAUCGCGACGCCGACGCCGAGAAAGAAGCAAAAGCGGAAAGAGUGUAUACCGGAAAGCGAACGCCGACGAACGUCUCGAGUCGUGCGAAAGAUCAAUUACGCCGAAGAUCGGUCCAUUUUGUUGGGACAGGAGGAAGAGGACGCGCAUCGCAAGAGGAAGGAGCAACAAAAUCAGCAGCGGUCGCAAAGAAGCGCGACGAGAGUGUGCAGACGAAGCGUGUAUUCCGUCGGAGGUCGCGUGUACGAUUCGGAGAAAGGCACGACCUGUCACUGGUGUCGUCAAAAGACGGUGGAAACGCACGUGGAGUGCACCGGGUACGAGUGCCAAAACGAAGCGGCGAGACCGGUGCAGUUUUGCGGGAUGUGUUUGAGAAACAGGCACGGGGAGGAUAUCGAUUUGGCCGUCGCGAGUGGGUGCUGGGAGUGCCCGAAAUGUCGCAAAUCGUGCGGAGACGGGUGCGAUAACUGCUGCAACUGCGGACCGUGCAGGAAGAAAGCCGGGUUGGCACCGACGCACCAAGUCAUACGAAUCGCGCGCGAGAACGGUUUCGAUAACGUCCACGAUUACUUGGUGUGGGAAAAAGUUGGCGGGACGCCGGAAAGCAUCAAAAUGAGGAAGAAGAAGUUCGAGUGGGGACAGUGGAUUUUCGACGAGACUUUGUGCGCCAAGUGUCCUUCUGAAGAGGCGACGACGAUGAAAAAGAGAGUCGUGGAGGUGAACGACGAUGCCGCUGUAGACGAGGAUUCAAGCGGAUCCUCGGACGGCGACGACUGCUUCAAGAUUGUUCCGUCUGCGCGAAUCUAUACUAUGAACAACAUCAUGUUUUAA